AACCUUCACUCUCAUAAACCGUCCAGACUAUGGGUCGUAGACGUCGACGUUCUCAGGCAGCUAUUCGCUCAUUUCCAGACCAAGACGAGAUGGAUCCGGUGACCGAGCCUGAACCCGACAUCGAGCAAGAAGAGGCACCGGCAGAUAUCGAGGAAGCUGUAGAGGCGGGCCCAAUGAACCUUGACAAAACAGAACAAGAAGGCGACGUAUACACCGGAGAUCUUGAGCAGCACUCCAAGGCCGAUAACGCCCUGGACGUUGGUCAACCGCAAGAGCCGAAUGUGGAAGAGGAAGAGAAGCUGACGAAGGAACAGGAAAUAUGGGAGGGUAUGCGAGAUGAAUUUCACCCAGUCCUCGAACAACUACCUCUGUCCUUGCAUAGAACAUUCACGCUCAUGCGCGAGCUGGACGGCCAAGGCGCUAGAUAUCUUGCGGAUAUAAUCCCUCGACUGGAGGAAUAUAUCAAACUCAGAACCAUUAUGAUAGAGACGCCGCAGCCCUUGCCAGAACCUGCAUCUGAACCGUCUACCGCCACGGGUGCAGGUACAACCAGUGAAGCUGGCCAAACCGAAACCAAAGCUGACGCUAACGAGGACAGUAGAGAGGAGCCAUCUACACCGAAGACACCACCUCGCCAACUUCGCCGCGUCAGCUCUCGGAGUCGAUCACCAACCAAACGCUCACGACUCGGUCGAACUGCUUCUUCGCUGAAGGCAAUCUCGGAUUCGCCAAAUCCUGCACCACCACGUCCUAAAACUCCACCUUCUGCACGUAGUAUUCUCUCGAGCGUGGGUGUCCUGCUUGAGGAAGCCAUGCACUCCUCGCAGGAGAAGGUCAACCUAGCGCAGGCAGCAUAUGAUUCCGCAGAUCGACAUAUCCGACUCCUAGACCAAGCAAUCCUCGAACAGGAAACCUCUCUCUCAAUCGGUAUUAGACCUGGAACCCAUCCUGCCCUGCUCCCCGAAAUCUCUGUUCCUCGCUGGCAACGUAAUGCCCAGACUAUGUACUCUCCCCUCCCGGGCGACGAAAGCGACAAUCCUCUUCCUUUCUCUGGAGCUGCCCUUGCCCAAGUCGAACUCGAAGGUGGCGGAACCAUAAUCGGCGUCACAGAAGACGCUAUUCCUGCCCCAGGAAGUCGCCCAGUCUCCAAAAGAAGGAGGGGAAGGAAAAAAGGCGUAGAACAACCAGAAAAAGCUGUCACGCCAUUGCCCACAGCUGGGACCACAGCUCCGCGCUUGAAGUUGAAGGUUCCACCACUAGCCGCCGUCGUGCAAGCGAACAACGCUGCCAUUGUCCCAGUCGACCCUAACGAGCCGACGUAUUGUUAUUGCAAUCAGGUUUCGUAUGGAGACAUGGUCGGCUGCGACAACGACGAAUGUCCAUACGAAUGGUUUCAUCUCGCCUGCGUUGGUCUCACCGAGGUCCCAAAAUCGACAAAGUGGUACUGCAAAGACUGUAGAGAGGCAAUGGGCCUUGGCGCCCCACGGAAACGUAAACGAUGAAAGUCCUCAGUCUCUGUUCAGGUCUUCUGCUUUCUUGGUUUCAUCGUCACCCUACAGAAUAUACCCAGCAUCCGCUGUUAUUUGCGAAGCUUUCGCGUCAUAUUUU